CGGGACUCCGCCCCCUCCCCCGGGUCCGGGUGAUGUGUGUGUGGGCGGGCCCCAGGCCUCGGGUCCUCCUCCCGCCCUGUCCGUGUGUGUGAGGCUCGGCUCCGGCUCCGGGAUGUUGCUGCCGCCGCCCUCUCCCUCUCCCCCUGCCCGUGUCCGGGAGCUCCUGGACCGGGCCGGACAGCCGGAGGUGCUGCGGUUCUGGGAGCAGCUGUCGGCCGAGGAGCGGCGGCUCCUGGAGGCGGCGGUGCAGCAGCUGGAGGCGGCUCCGCUCCGGGAUCACUGUCAGGAGGCGGCCGCCGCCACGGCCCGGCUCCGGGGGCAGGGGCAGGGGCAGGGGGCCGCCGGCACACACCGCAACAUGCAGCCCCUUCCCGGGGAGGUCACCGGCAGCACCGCCCGGACUGAACCCCACAGACUGGACACCUGGAGGGACCGCGGUUUUCACGAGAUCUCUGAAAACCGUGUAGCUGUUCUUCUACUGGCUGGAGGACAGGGCACACGUCUGGGUGUGUCGUACCCAAAGGGAAUGUAUGAUGUUGGGCUGCCAAGUGGAAAAACCCUUUACCAAAUCCAAGCAGAGCGGAUUCGCAAAGUACAGCAACUCGCUGAGGAAAGGCUGGGCAAGAAAUGUGUUGUUCCUUGGUACAUCAUGACCAGUGAAUUCACAUUGGAACCCACUAAGAAGUUCUUCGCUCAGCAUAACUACUUUGGUCUGGUCGAGUCUAACGUUGUCAUGUUUGAACAGCAGAUGCUACCAGCUGUUGACUUCAACGGGAAGAUCAUUCUGGAACAGAAGGGGAGGAUUGCCAUGGCACCAGAUGGAAAUGGCGGGCUGUAUCGUGCUCUGAUGAACAACAAGAUUCUGGAGGAUAUGGACCGGCGAGGAAUCUGCUUUGUCCACGUGUACUGUGUGGAUAACAUCCUGGUGAAGUUGGCAGACCCGGUCUUCAUUGGAUUCUGUGUGGAGAAAGGAGCGGACUGUGGGGCAAAGGUUGUUGAGAAGGCUUACCCCACUGAGCCAGUUGGGGUGGUGUGUCUUGUGGACGGGAUCUAUCAGGUGGUGGAGUACAGUGAGGUGAGCCGGGAGACUGUGGAGCAGAGGAACCCUGACGGUGAACUCACCUUCAACGCUGGCAACAUCUGCAACCACUUCUUCACUGUGGACUUCCUGAAAUCAGUGACAGAGGAGUUUGAACCUCAGCUGAAGCGUCACAUAGCCGUGAAGAAGAUUCCCUAUGUUGAUGAGCAAGGAAACACUGUGAGACCGGACAUGCCCAAUGGCAUCAAGAUGGAGAAGUUUGUUUUUGACGUUUUCCAGUUUUCCAAGAAUUUUGUUGCGUUUGAGGUUUUGAGGGAGGAUGAGUUCUCUCCCCUGAAGAAUGCCGACAGUGCUGGCAGUAAAGAUACCCCGUCAACAGCACGGCGAGCCCUGCUAUGGCAGCACUAUCGCUGGGCAGUGCGAGCCGGUGCCCACUUCCUGGAUUCCAACAACAUGCGGAUCCCCCAUCUCAGCCAGCUCCAGGAGGCUGAGGAACUACCUGCAGUUUGUGAGAUCUCUCCGCUGGUCUCUUCUGAAGGAGAGGGUUUGGAGGAGUAUCUGAAGGAUCGGGAGUUCCAUUCCCCACUGCUUUUAACUGGGGACGCACUGGUUGCGCUGGGGCAGCACCAGUGAUGGCCUUGUGUGAGCAGGAGGAGCUCAUUGCCAAGAGAAGGAUUUUCUACCAAGAACUGGAUCAAGUGCCUUUACUUUUAUACUGUUGAUUUAUAAAACCGAUUCCUGAUUUUUAAAAAAAUUUUUACUCGACAGUUUGAAAUAGCGGCUGGGGUUUUAUCCACUACAGGAGGCUGGGUGUUCCCGGAGUCUAGGUUUUGCCCUGGAGAGGGCCAACACAACACAGCCACUGUCUCACUCAGACUGCAUCAACCAUGGACUUACAGGGCCAUAGCUGGUCAAUGGGAUACCUCACUCUGAUAAGCCCCACUCCAGUCAAGGGGCAAUGGGACAUGUCACUGUGAUAAAUUACCAUCCUAUGGCAAUGGGACAUCUCACUCUGCUAAGUCCCAUCCAGGUCAAAAAGAAGCUAUAGUGGUUCACAUCUCAAACAUAAGUAGCAGUAACGUGAGUUGGGAAUGUGAUCCUCUGAGCCUGCCCCUCCGAUCCUAAUGAUUCUGGCUGGUUUUCCAACAAAUCCCCCCAUCGGAGUUUAAAACGGGAUCGAUCAUUGUCUUUGAUGUUGUUAAUCUCUGAAGGAAUGAUGUAAAGAUGCUGUGGCGAAAUUCACAUGUUCAACGCUGAGCCUCCACUCCCCACGACAUGUCCUGUGACGAUCUUUGUUGUAUAAGCCAUCCCCGCGGAGGGGCCAGCCACAACAUCAAACCCUCUUAGCAAGAGGUUUAUGUCAACCUCCCUAUUCCCUGGGUCAUCCCUAGCUGAUGAACUCCAUUUCUGUAAAUCUGGUUAUUUACAGACAGUGAAGAGGAGGCAUCAUUGCAACAGAGAGAGACCAUGUUUCACCAGAGAUACCACGGGACACACAGAUACCGAGUGUGCCUUAGAAAUCACUGCUGCUGUUAGACAUUAUUUCAAAUUUCACUCCAGGGGACCAGCUCUGAUUCUGCCUGCAGUCUUUCCAAUCUCUCAAAUGGUCACCAUUCUGAGACUCUGGAGAUGGAUGAUGGACAUACCAGCUUUUUAAUGUUUGUCUCCUACGUCCAAUAUGUACUACUUCGAAUCAGCUAACCGCAAUUAUUUAAAUAAAAAGUCUUAUUCUAGGCCUAGCUUGUGAUCUCAGACCUGACCUUCGCCCAUUUUGAAACCAGUGCCUCUUUCCUCUUUGAGCUCUUCGCCCAACCGAGGAUCGUAUAUAUCCCUGCUUUGGCAUUUCAGAUCCCCAGUAGGAGGGGAGAACAGGAGCACAGAGCCAGGGAAAGGGCACACCUUCACACACCAUUUACAGUUAAUGGUGGGGCCUCAUGUCUGCCAUCCAUCUGUGAGACAUGAAUGCACAGACCACAGAUUGAAAUUCGCUGAUAGACUCCCAUACUGUCCCUGUCCUGGAAGAGUUUGAUGGAAGCCACACUCUUUGUUUAACCCUGUGCUGUACCUGACCUGAGAGUGUUUGAUGAGGACAGUGUAGAGCAAGCUUUACUUUCACUUUGAGUGGAGGGAGCCUUGAAUAAAGAGCUGGAGAGUGCAGAAGAGCAUGUUAGGAGCAGCACCAGACAUGCCUGAAGAUGAGGUGUCAACCUGGCGAAGCCACCAAACAUGAGUACCUGCGUGCCUGCAAUGAGCUGCAAGUAAUGGAGUUAAGCGUUCCCACAAUCAAUGGAUCAGAUUGGAACUCUGCAGUUCUGCCACAUCCACUUGUGAAUGGUGGUGGACAAUUAAACAACUCCCUGAAGGAGGAGGUCCAUAAAUAUCCCCAUCCUCAACGACAGACGAGCCCAGCACUUCAGUGUAAAAGACAAGACUGAAGCUUUUGCAGCAAUCUUCAGUCAGAAGUGCCGAGCAGAUGAUCCACCUCAGCCUCCUCCAGUGGUCCCCAACAUUACAGAUGCCAGUCUUCAGCCACUUCGAUUCACUCUACAUGAUGUCAAGAAAUGAUUGGAGACACUGGAUACUGCAAAGGCUACUGGCCCUUAGAGCAUUCCAGUUGUACUGAAGACCUGUGCUGCAGAACUGGCCAAGCUGUUCCAGUACAGCUACGAUAUUGGCAUCUACCCAGCAAGACAGAAACUCGCCCAGGUAUGUCCUGUACGCAGCAAGACAAAUCCAAAUCCGUCUACUCUCAAUCAUCAGUAAAACAAUGGAAGGUGUUGUUGACAAUGUAAACCUCUCAACCAGAGCAUCUCACUGUGACCCUGUACUCUCUGAAUAAAGGAACAAAGCAAAGUUUGGAUGUAA